GUCACAUUAUAUGUGACAUCUGUCAUACUGCAACCUUUAUCGUGUCCCUAUAAACAAGAUGGAUAGGCCGUGCGAUUGCCAAGAGUAUUCCAACGAGCCUAUUCUACCGAACAACUAUAGCGCAGCUCAAGAACAGCUCAAAACUAUAGACAUCGAUUUUGGAAAAGUUCGUGUAUAUGGAAAGUACUAUGAAACAAUCACAGAGGAUGUUCGAAAUGAGGAACCGCUCAACUAUGGAAUCACUGAGGAACCAGAGAUUAUCCCUAUUUACCAGGUAUUUACAUUCAAUAAAAGGCGAGGAAAAAUCCCACGGAAGGGCACAUUAAAACUGAAGAUCUGCUAUUAUCCGAUUUUACCCCAAAGAAUGGACUUCAAUACAUUUGUGGUUUCAAUUGAUGGCCGUAGAGCUUUUAAAGUGAAUUGCAAAGGACUGAGUAUUGCACCGGUACUGAGAGUGUCUUGCAGAGAACUGUCCUUUGUAACGUGGCCGCAAGGAGGACUUCGUAAAAAGAUGUUUGAACUCAAAAACGUAUCCGAAGUACCGGCAGAGUUUCAGUUCGACUGUGAUAGGCUGCCUAAAGUUUUCAAAGUCGAACCACGAAAUGGUGUUAUCCAACCGAACAAGCAUAUUUUCGUAGCUGUCAGAUAUCUUCCAACGACUCCAGGAAUUUUUUCACAGCAGUUGCAUUGUUUGGUUCUCGGAUCUGAACCGCUAACAUGUGAUCUGAUCGGAUUGCAUGGUAAAGGACAGAUAAACGAAAAAGAAAUAAACUUAAAGAGCUACAACUACGACUUUGAGUACAAAGUAAGCUACGGAGCGUAUUUUCGAGAGUACAAGAGUAUUAAACGUACACCACAUGUAUAUUUGGAUAGACCUUUCAUAGAUUUUGGACGAAUUGGUCCUUCCAAAGAGAAAGCCACUUAUCAGAUCGUCAACAUAAGAAAUGGUUUGGAUGGCUACAUAGAAAUAACUUGGCCAAAAGAGAAAGGUGUUUUUAUGGUGAAACCCCAACGACUUCAAAUACCACCUGGCCACUCUGGUCUUUUACAGUGCUGGUUUGAGCCAGAUGAAGAGUAUACAAUGUUCAAUAAGACCAUCACUGGUCAAGUAGAUUGGAAAAUGGUUUAUGACGAUCCUGAUCCGCUGAGCUACUGUGUUCCAAUGAAUAUUAGUAUAACGCUGCAAGGUAAUUCAUACCCUGAAGGAGAAUAUCCAAUAUGUCGCGUUGAAAUCAUUCCAGAUAUGAUCAAAUUUCCACCGUGUUUACCGGGGUCGGUAUCCCAUCAAAAUUUCAAAAUUCAAAACGGUGGUCAUAUGUCAGCAAUGUUUCGUUUGGUAGCUCCCGAAGACAGCAAAAUAAUAGUGAAACCUGCGUUAGGAGUUGUGAAAGACUUCACAAUUGUCACGGCACAGUACACUGCGGAUGAGUGUUGCCAAGGAGUAUGCGCGGAGACCUGGGAGCUAGAAUUGAAUGGAGAUACGCGUAAAAGAAGAGCAUUGAAGUUUAUGGUGACAGUAGGUUUACCGAUAGUGAGAGUUGGUGAUAGUGACUUCAUCCGCUUUGACACUUCACCUCCUGGAACUACUGUAACUCUACAAGCUCCACUGAGAAACCUCUCCUGUUUUUAUAUCAAUUAUCAGCUAGCCUCCCACCCAUGCCUUACGGCCGAUAUAGAAUCUGGUGAACUCAAUCCAAAUGACCAAGUCAUGAUAACAUUCAAGUGCAAGGCAGACCUGUACAACAAGAAAAACAGCACGGCUACAUUCAAUUUGCAAGUCAUAGAAAAAGUUCAGCAGCAUGUUGGUAUCGUGUAUCCACACGAGUUCGUCGUCUACACUGAUUGUGCUCCUGUUGACUUGUGCGCAGUUCCUAACAGUUACGACUUUGGUGAUCUCCGAUUUGCCUCAGAAAUAAAGACCGAAUUCCACCUGUUCAACUUCGGCCAGUGUUCUGUUCAGUACAAACUGAGCUGCCACCAUCACUCGAACACAAGCGAUACCUAUUCAUUGGAACCGAGUAAUGGUAAAGUGGAGGUAAAGGGAAUGGUCAAGGUGGUGGUUAGUUCGCCUCGGAUCGGAACACCGGGGCAGAACGUCGUAAGCGUAUCCUAUGACAUUAAGGAGCAGGAGGAUUUAGGGGGAGGUAGAGCAGUGUUCACGUUUAGAUACAAGUGCAUCUAUCCGAAACUCCAGGUCAUUGACAUCCUCGAUUACACUUUCGGACAUUUGUUUGGCAAAGAUUAUUUUUGGAGAACGUUGAGAAUAACGAGAUUAAACGAAGAACUGAAAAGCAUAAAAGAAAAUGAAACCAAGGUUCUAGAUGUACACUUGCCUGAUUGCGAAGUUGGGGAGAACGUAUUCAGUGUGGUACUUCUGAUUGCUAAUGUGACACAAUUUGACGUGGAUGUCAGUCUCAAAAGAAUAAAACUGUGCGAUUGCGUGCAAAAGCAAGUACAGACUUCGAUCAACAAAACCAAAUUGGAUUAUGACUGUCCGCACAGAGAAAUGUUGACCAUGAAGCUACAGGAAACAAUUAUAUACGGUAAUACUCGCCGGUACUUGAUCGUUACAGCCAAGUACACAGUGAUAGGCGACAACAAACUGGCGUAUUCCUUGGACAUAGGAGACAACAGACGCAUCGAAUUCUUCUUCAACAUGAAAGUUUUACCGGAAGAUGGUCCAAAAGUAUCAUUUUACAGCCAUGCUAACAACACGUUCCGUAUGGUUCCCAUUUAUAUAGGCAGGAAGCAUCCUCCUGUUCAGACAUUUUGGCUGUAUAAUAACACCAAGGAGAGUACCAGAUAUAAAGCAAAUCUAACGUACGUUGAUGAAAUGUGUGAAAAGGAAGGAUUUCCGGUCUUGAAGAUGCUCAAUCCUUGUGGAGCGAUUGAGCCUUAUAGUAGCGUACCGCUGUUGUUCAAGUUUCAUCCGAUACGAGCCGUGGCGCAUACGGUCAAAGUCCCUUUGAUUCUUGAAGAAGAACAACGGUCACUCGUAGUAAUCGGUGUUGGUAAGAACACUAAAAUAAAGCGACCCUUCAUAGAACGUGGCCCAGAAACCACUUCCGCUUACUACAACCUACCCGUAUUGCUCUCACAAAAUUACAUCAGAAUUAAUCCUAUGCUGACAUGGAGUGUACAAACGAGAAUGAUUUUCAUCAAAAAUUGCAGCAAAGACAUCAUUUACCAGUUUGAUUUUCCAGAUCAAACCAUCUACGAAGUGAUAAAAAUAACAGCGACUCCAACGUUUGGCUUUUUGAAGCCUAAAGAAACUCAAACGAUCAUGAUUAGUGUGAGGUCCUAUAACGAACCGGCGAUAUUGAAUUAUAACUACACGUGUUAUAUUAUGAACUACAAUGCACUCUUUUUACAUCGGAGGAGAUUAACACCUGAUAAGAUCGUUCUUUCUGAUAGCAUCCAUUCACAACUACAGCAUUAUACAAUAUCAUUAUCGGUGUGCAUCAACAUAGUGGACCAAUCAGACGAUGUAAUAUUGGAAGCCAAACAGUUCUUCAGCUGCUUUCCUCCACGAGAAAUGAAACGCAACACUUCGCCCAUAGCAACGGAUGUGGCAAACAUAGAAUUGAGUACAUAUAUUAAGGACCUUCAGAUUGAUGGAACCCUGUUGAAGAAUAUUUUAGAACGAAUAAUCUCAGAUACAGUGUUUCACAAGAAAUUCUCGUCGAUAGCAAAAAUCACGUCCAAGACCAAAACCGGUGACUACUACAUACAAUACAGAUCAACACACCGGAAGAAAUCGGAGCGAACUCUCGACAAGCGACUAGAUGAAGACAAGGACAGGCAAAGAGAAGAGGAGAUCGCGAAGUUCUUAGCAAGACCGAGUUUCACAACACUGGCUGGUACACUUCACAAUAUGCUCACUGACGGUCUGCACGAGACUUUCAAGCUCGACACUCAAUUCUCCAGUGGCAGCGAUCAUCACAUAAUCGACAAGGAUGUUUAUGCUUUCUUGAAGAAAAUAUAGCCGAAUCAGAUUGAAUAAAUGUUUUUAUAUCUCAUUCACAAAGUCCUGAUCCGUCGUAAGAAAUGUCUAGAUAUGGCG